AAGAGGCGGCAACAAAAACACGGAGCUGCGCGGGGUGUCCGAUCUGAGCAGAAGAAAUGUCUGCUGCCUGCGGGUGAAAGUGGUGUAUUUUAUCUUACCACAGCUGUUAGAGUGAAUGGUGGUGGUGUUGCGUGACCUUCAGUCAUGGCUGAGGAACCAGCAAGAGAACUACUGAGAAGCCUGAAGGUUAAGCUAAUAAACAUCCUGAGCGCUGAUGCUGACUUUGUACUGCAGCACGCAGAUUCUCGCAGCCUGGUGUCUCGCCAAGGCUACGAGCAGGUGAAAGCUGCCCGUGUUUCUAGUGAGAAGGUGAGGGAUCUUCUGGAUCAUGUCAUCCAGAGAGAGGAGAAGGCAGCGCGGGGAUUCCUGGAGCUUCUGAAGGAGAAGGACCUGCAGGACACGUUCCCUAUGCUCGCUUUUCUCAAGGACCUUCAACUCAGCACGCUCUCGGCAGAUGAAACCAAAACAACAGCGAAGAGAGAAAAAGCUCUUGAGUCAGAACAGACCCCUUCUUCCAAAUGGACAUGCAAAAAUGGCUCUGACUUGGUAAAGGAGAAGCAGCUGAUGCUGGUGGCGCGUGCUAUUGGACGAUCCUGGAAAGAGAUUGGCAGACUGGCGCUGAGCAUCCCCUCUGUGAGGUUGGAGCAGAUUGAGGAGGACCAUCCACUCAGUCAUGUGGAGCGAGUGUUUGCCAUGUUGCGCUACUGGUGCACCUGCCAAAGGAAAAAUGCUACAGCAGCCCACCUGCACUCCCUGCUCAGCCAAGAGGACUGGGCACUGCCACCUGAAAGCAUUGACUUUCUCCUGGAGUCCAGCUGAGGCUUUCGCUGUCUGGCAGCUGACUGAACUUCCUUCUGUCCUCAGGGAAUAUAUGUUAUGGAAAUUUUCAUCCUGAGACACUCAGAUGAGAAACAUACUGAUCAGUACAGAGUACAAUCAUGAAAAUAACAACACCCCACGGCCUUACAGCUAAUUGGAUUUUCCCUGACACGCACAGGUGCUCACUUUCACAGACUUUAUGAAAUGGACAAUCAUCUGUACUGCUGCCUACUUUGUCAUAGGAAAUAGCAUUCAAAGUGACCUUUAAGUAAGAAAACAUCAUACAAAUUAUUAGACGAUUAGGUAUCAGCCUCUUUAUUUAAAUUCAUGUGAAAAUAGGUCACACCACAAUUAAAGGACUCUCAAAUGAAAUAGCAAUGUCAUAGCAAUGAAAACAGAUGAAAUUAAAAAAAAAAAAAAAAACUGCCUUCAAGUCAACUUUUCAAAAACUCUCAAAAACUGUGAUCCUGGUUUUUGUCUUUUCGAUCUCCAAGUCAGAAAAAAAAUUCUUCUUUGAAUGUGGGAAAUAUUGAUUUUUAUCCUCUUGAUUUUAAUCCCUGCAAAGCUUUAUCAGGACCUGUCUAAACUAUGAAAAUAAAUGUGAAGUUAACAAAUGUUUUGUUAAUGUAAAUGCAGUAAUGGACUGAACGUUAAUACUCAGUGUGAAUGAAAUGUAUGUGUAUUGUAUCUUUUUUUAAAAUGCAAACUGCUGAACUGACAAA